CUUAGCUAGCAUAGCAUCCCGUCUCUGCAGCUGUAAGGGUCUCGAGCUUGCUAACGCGGCCGGUCAUGGCGAUCAGGGGGGUACCUUCGCAGCGGGAGAUGACGGUGGCGGAGUUCAAGGAGUGGCUGAAGCAGUUCGACGCGGACGGCGACGGCCGGAUCAGCAGGGACGAGCUCCGCGAGGCCAUCCGCCGCCGCGGCGGCUGGUUCACCACCCUCAGGGCCGGCCGCGCCGUCCGCCGCGCCGACAGGGACAACAGCGGCUUCAUCGACGACGCCGAGGUGGAGAACCUCGUCGCCUUCGCGCAGAAGGAUCUCGGCAUGAGGAUCUCUGCCUGGUAGCCGCCUGCCUAGGCUGGCUCCAUGGGUUUUUUUAUCUCGGCCUACUGAAUGAAAACUACUCCAUUUGUUUCAAAAUAUAGUGCUUUCUUUAUUCUUAUGCUUCAACUUCAAUCAUAAAUUUAAUCAAUGAGAUCAACUGCUGCGGAAGGAAAAAUUAUACCGGAAAAAUUAUAUAAUUGAAAACUUCUUUUGAAUACGAAUUCACUGGUAUAACUUCUGCUCCCGCCGCAGUCAAUCUCAUUGGUUAAAUUUAUAGUCAAAGUUGGACCUUAGAAAUUGCGGGUGCACUAUAUUUUAAAAUGGAGGAAGUACCAGCAACCAUCAUAGUACAGUACCUGUCUAGCGUCGUAUGAUAUGGUUGAACUUGACAUGCCAACUUCUCCUGAAUAAUAUGUGUAAAAUCGGGAGACUUAAUUAAGGUUCGCCACUAUGCAGUUACUUCA